AUGCUCCAUCUGGAAUCGCUAAUUUGCUAUUCAUGCAAAACGGACAAUAAUAAAAUCACACUGUUUGAUAACGAUUCGCGGCGAGCAUUUGUAGGCUCCUGUGGUCAUUCGAUAUGCUUAACCUGCGCAAAAUCAAACCCCCACCAAAAGUGUCCAAAGUGCCAGAAAAACGGUGCAUUUGAAAAUGGAACCAUCAAUUUUAGUUCAUCAGACAUAAUCGAGAACUAUGAGAAAAAUGUGUUUGACAUUAUUCGGAAAUCGACGCACAGCUCGGUGAGCGGGGUGUCUGGAGAGAGAGAGAGAGAGAGAGAGAGAGAGAGAGAGAGAAAGAGAGAAAGAGAUAGAGAGAUAGUGGAAAAUCGAGCAUUUCAGAAUUCAAGUUCCGGAUUUUGUUCCGAAUGCGGUGCAAACGAGUUGUUGAGAAUGUGUGAAACAUGUUUUUCCAAAAAACUCAUAGAGACUCGCCGUCUGUCCAAAUAUGCCAUAUGUGUUCACUGUGCAACUUCAUUUAAAUACAUCAAUGGCUGUCAGGGUUCCGAAGAAUGCGAAUACUGUAAAGACCCUAAUUCAUCCAACAUUUUAUGGAACAUGGAACACCUGGACAUGGAUAGUUUCAAACUUUGCGCGGAUUGUGUUUUAAAUGAUCAUCAGGAGCACAGAACCUUCAAAAUUUCCCCUCAAACAGAAUCAUUUUUCUAUUUUGAUGUACCAGUGAUUAGAAAUGAGACGUCGAUCCCAAUACUUUCCGAACUGCUCAAGAAAAAACUGCACGUGCCACAUGACAAGACAAAGUGCGAGUUGAGAUAUAUGCGAAUGCAGGCGAGCGCUGAGAAAGUAAUUCAGGCACUUUAUGGCCGGCUUGGAGAGCACACUAAAGAAAUAUCUAAAGAAAUAUCUUGCUUGGAGUUACAAUAUAACGACUACCAUCUAUUGAAUGAAACGUGUGCAUGUGUGAAAGUUUGGAAGAAUAUAGUGGAUUCGAAUGCCGUUGACGUUUUUGGGAAUUGUCCUCAUUUUGAUUCAUUGGUUAAAAAGAAUAAAGAUUUGACAGAAGGAUGUCCGUGGCACUAUGAGUCCAGUGAGAAUGAGAAGAAAGAACUGAUGGAGAUUAUUGAGAAAGGGGAGGAUCAAAAAUCUCCACUCAAUCUGGAACUGGUAGUCGAAGAUAUUCUCGAUGGAGUACGGCUGCAAACUGGUCAUUAA